ACAGCAUCAGUUGAGGGAACGUACGUGACAGUGAACAGCUUCAUUCAAAACCUCCGAGCGACCUGACCUACAGAUUUAAAAAUCAUUUCACGGUGACUAUUAAAAUAUAACUUUUUUCAUUUGUGCGCUGUGAAAUUUCUAAGUUAAGUGUGACGCUGUGAGUUUGUCCAAAGAACGACUGCAGAUCUGAAUUUACAUCGAUUUUACGAUUUUUUAAAGAAAAGGAUUUUCUUUCAAUCUUUAUCUGAUAAACAGCACACACAUGGAUUCUAACAGAAAGACUGUGACAACGCAACUGAUGUUGGCUGUGGGCACAGCUGUAAUUGGCUCGCUACAGUUUGGCUACAACACAGGAGUUAUCAAUGCACCACAGACGAUCAUUGAGAGCUUCUACAACGAGACGUGGUUUAACCGCUAUUCAGAGUACAUUCCUGCGAGCUCCCUCACCACUCUUUGGGCCUUAUCUGUCGCCAUCUUCUCUGUGGGAGGCAUCUUUGGCUCCUUCUCUGUAGGGCUCUUUGUCAACCGCCUGGGCAGGAGAAAUUCGAUGCUCAUUGUUAAUGUCCUGGCAUUUAUAGCAGCCACAUUAAUGGGCUUCUCUAAACUGGCUGCCUCUUGGGAGAUGUUGAUUAUCGGACGGCUGGUUGUAGGCGUGUACUCAGGCCUGUCCACAGGCUUUGUGCCAAUGUAUAUUGGUGAAAUUGCUCCAACUUCUCUACGUGGAGCACUGGGCACACUGCAUCAACUGGGCAUUGUCAUAGGCAUCCUCAUGGCACAGGUCUUUGGUAUUGACAACAUCAUGGGAACCCCUUCCAUGUGGCCUUUCCUUCUGGGCUUCAUCUUCAUCCCGGCCUUGAUUCAGUGCACCCUGCUGCCCUUCUGUCCUGAGAGCCCCAGAUUCCUCCUCAUCAACCAGAACGAGGAGAACAAAGCCAAAAGCGUUCUGAAGAAGCUCCGCGGUACAGACGACGUGAGCGCAGACAUCCAGGAGAUGAAGGAAGAGAGCCGGCAGAUGAUGAGGGAGAAGAAGGUGACGAUCCUGGAGCUGUUCCGCUCACCGCUCUACCGCCAGCCUCUCCUCAUCGCUGUGAUGCUGCAGCUUUCCCAGCAGUUGUCCGGCAUCAACGCUGUUUUUUACUACUCUACAAGUAUAUUCAAGAAAGCAGGAGUGACCCAACCUGUUUAUGCGACCAUUGGUGCUGGUGUUGUGAACACUUUAUUCACUGUAGUGUCUCUGUUUGUAGUGGAGCGAGCAGGAAGAAGAUCUUUGCACCUUCUCGGGCUGCUGGGCAUGGCAGUGUCUGCCUUCUGCAUGACCGUCUCCAUGGCUCUGACUGAUCGAUUCCCAGGCGUUUCCUACAUCAGCAUCAUGGCCAUCUUCAUUUUCGUGGCAUUCUUUGAGAUUGGCCCAGGCCCUAUUCCGUGGUUCAUCGUGGCCGAGCUCUUCAGCCAAGGACCCCGGCCUUCUGCCAUUGCUGUGGCUGGCUUCUCCAACUGGACCGCAAACUUCAUAAUAGGAAUGGGUUUCCAGUAUGUAGAGCAACUGACAGGUCCGUAUGUCUUCAUCAUCUUCACAAUCCUGCUGCUCAUGUUUCUCGUCUUCACCUACUUCAAGGUGCCUGAGACCAAGGGGAGGACAUUUGAUGAGAUUUCAGCAGGCUUCCGCUCUGCAAGGGAGAAGUAUUCCCCAGAUCAGCUCAACGUGCUGGGGGCAGACUCCCAGCUUUGAGCCCUUUACUCUGUUCCCACAUAUAUCAUAUAGACUGACCCAGUGGCUCUCCAUAAAUCUCAGAUGGGAUACUACAGUAUACAGUUGUGAGAAAACAAAUUAUGAAUCUUGUGAAUCAUUGGGGUUGUCUGGAUGUCCACAUGAAUAACUCCUAAAGUGUGAGCUAAUAUACUUACCAUAAUAAAACAUAAAGUCUUAUUUAACAAACACCCAUAAUAUUUUACAAUAUCUUGAUUGAACAAAUAGUUAACGCCUUACAUUCCAAUGUCCAUCCAGUAGGUCCAGUUUAUUACUCUUCACUCACAGCUAGAUACUAUGCAUAUUAGUUUCAGUAUAGUUACAGAAUAACUCACAUUAAUUAUGAUAUAAUAUCCCUUAAUAUUUAUAACUAAAUCAUAAGUCUGGAGUUUAAACAUGAUACCCAAGGUCAUUCACAGGAAACAUAUGUGAUCCCUGCUUUACUGGCAAUAACCUCAACUAAA